AUGACGACGCGGCCCCAGCGCAUCCCCUUCGCGCCCGUUUCCAUAAACGCCCGUAACCGCUGCGAUGGGCUGCGCCCCACCCCCGGCCCUCGCUGCUCCCUCCCCUUCCCAGAGCCCUUCCCGGGACGAGCGCUGGAUGCUACCGCAGCUCCCGCUUGUGCCGCAUUCAGAGUGCGGGGCGUGUCCGGGUCAGGGGCGCUAUAUAGGCGGGGAGCGCGGCGGCAUGAGAGAACAGAUGGGAGCAAAGAGUUACGGGCAGUAGAGCGAAUAGCAGGCUGCGGCUGCUGCUUCACGUGUGCGCUGCGCGUCGGCCAGCCGUGCGGCAUCUACAGCGAGCGCUGUGGCGCCGGCCUCAGCUGCCAGCCACGCCACGACGAGGCGCGCCCGCUGCAGGCGCUGCUCGAGGGCCGCGGGCUCUGCGCCAACGCCACAGUGGGCGGGAAACUGCGCGCCUUUCUGAUGUCCGGCGCGCACGCCGCAGGAAAUUCCAGUGAUUCAGAGGAAGACCGGAGUAGCAGUAGCAUAGAAAACCAGGCCUUCCCAAACUCCCACAGGGUGUCAGAUUCCAAAUCGCACCCGCAGCACGUCAAAAUAGAUAUCAUCAGGAAAGAGCAAGCCAAAAAUACACGGCGCUACAAAGUGGAAUAUGAUUCACAAAGUACAGAUACACUGAAUUUCUCCUCUGAAUCUAAACAAGAGACCGAAUAUGGUCCCUGUCGCAGGGAAAUGGAAGACACCUUAAACCACCUAAAGAUCCUAAAUAUCUUGAGUCCUAGGGGUUUCCAUAUCCCAAAUUGUGACAAGAAGGGGUUCUACAAGAAAAAGCAAUGCCGCCCAUCCAAAGGCCGAAAAAGAGGGUAUUGCUGGUGUGUGGAUAAGUAUGGACAGCCACUUCCUGGCUAUGAUGGGAAGGGCAAAGGAGAUGUCCACUGCUAUAACUUGGAAAGGAAGUGAAGGGGUAGAGACCGUCUCU